UUUUUUUUCACAGUAUUUUUGAAUUAAAUAAGGUUAUAUUAUCAUUAUUAUAACAUUUUUAUCUUUUUUUUGGGGGGUUUACUAUAAGAUUUUAUUUUUUUUUAAAAUAAUAAAGGUUUUGGAUAAAAAAUGAACACCAAACCUGUGUUAUUGGCAUUUCCUGAUGAAUAUACAAGAGCAGAAGAUCUAGCAUCAGAUCCAUUGAUCACACGUCUUGGAGGAUUACCGAUUGGUCUUGAUCGAUUAACAAAGCCUCCUUUAAAGUUUUCAAAGUGUAGAAAUUGUAAUCAAAUUAUGCCUCUUAUUUUACAAUCAUAUGCACAUAUUGAUAAUAUAGAUUAUGAUCGAGUCAUAUAUGUAUGGGCAUGUUGCCAUAGACGUUGUCAAUAUAAAGAAGGAUCAGUUCGUGUUAUCAGGGGAAUUUUAUAUCAAAAAACAAAGAAUACAAAAACGAAACAUUCUCUAGAUGAUAAAUUUCAUCAUAAUUCUUUAAAAAGUCUUGGAAAUACGUUAUUUAAUUCACCUUUUCCUAUGUCUUCUUACCCAUCUAAUCCAUUUCGAAUGAAUUUUUCCGCAAAAACUGAACAGAAUUCAUCAGCACGUUCAAAUUUACCUGAAUUAUCAAAUAUUAAAAAUUCUCAAAUAGGUUCUUUUUCAUAUCAAAAUGUGUAUCAAUCUAAAAUAAAUGAAAUUGAGAAAGAAGAAUGGCCUCCUGACAAUGAAAUAUUGCAAUAUCAUAUAAAAAUUCUUCGUAUUGUAGAAGAAAAUGAACAAAAUUUAGAAGAAUUAACUGAAAAAUUGAAAAUUGAAAAUUUUAAGGAAAAGUUUGUGAAAGAUAAUGAAAAAGAUCAAUGGUCAGGGGAGAUAUUUGAAAAAUCAACAUUAGAAAAAGGAUUUCGUAUGUUUAUAAAAAAAAUUCGUGCUAAUCCUCAGCAAUGUGUUAGAUAUAAUAGGAAAGGACAGCCUUUAUAUUAUUCUUUAAAAGAUUUAUUGGCUAAAAAAAUUGAAUUUUCUGAAUCUGAAAAUCCAUUAGGAAAAUGCCAAUUGUGUAAUUCUCAAAAUGUUUUUGAGCUUCAAAUCAUGCCAAAUACUAUCAAUAUUUUGGAAGAAAAUGUAUCUAUAGGAGAUAUGCUUUGGGGAACAAUUAUAAUAGGGACGUGCAGUAAUGAUUGUAUUCCAAAUCUGAAUGACAAAGGUAUAGGAUAUACAGAAGAAUGGGUAGGAGUUCAGUGGGAGGAAAUGAAAGAAUAGCAGAAAUUUGA